AUGACUCUCCUUCCACAGGAUGGUUCAGAAGAACAUUGCAAUGUCCCACAGGAUGUUCAGCUUGUGAAUCUGGGUGAAGAUCGGAACAUUAUAUUUUUUACAGAGACAUAUGUGAGGGGUGAUGAGCAGAGUACAGAGGACAUUCCUACAGAUAACCGCCCUGAUGACUGUACCAGGAACUCGGAGAAACAGCUGAUAUCUUUAGCUUUUGAAGUAGAUGAUUGUGGUAUCACACAAGAUACAUUUGAAGAGCAUGCCAAUAUCAAAGAUAUACCCUCAUCCAAUCACAGCAACAAUGCAUCAUUUGAUCCUUUUAAACAGGUCCGAUCUUCUGAUUCAUCACAGACUGAAACACAGAAUAAAAGUCACAGAAAAGGUGUUAAACAUCAAGCAACUCACGUAAGAGGGAAGCCAUUUUCAUGUUCAGAAUGUGGAAAAUGUUUUAAACGAAAAUCAGAUCUUGUUAUACAUCAGAGAAUUCACACAGGGGAGAAGCCAUUUUCAUGUUCAGAAUGUGGAAAAUGUUUUAACAUUAAAUCAGAUCUUGUUAUACAUCAGAGAAUUCACACAGGAGAGAAGCCAUUUUCAUGUUCAGAAUGUGGGAAAUGUUUUAACCGUAAAUCAGAUCUUGUUAUACAUCAGAGAAUUCACACAGGGGAGAAGCCAUUUUCAUGUUCAGAAUGUGGAAAAUGUUUUAACCGUAAAUCACAACUUGUUCUACAUCAGAGAAUUCACACAGGGGAGAAGCCAUUUUCAUGUUCCGAAUGUGGAAAAUGUUUUAACCGUAAAUCACAUCUUGUUAUACAUCAGAGAAUUCACACAAGAGAGAUGGCAUUUUCAUGUUUAGAAUGUGGGAAAUGUUUUAACAAUAAAUCAAAUCUUGUUAUACAUCAGAGAAUUCAUACAGGAGAGAAGCCAUUUUCAUGUUCAGAAUGUGGAAAUUAUUUUAACGGUAAAUCAGAUCUGGUUAUACAUCAGAGAAUUCACACAGGAGAGAAGCCAUUUUCAUGUUCAGAAUGUGGAAAAUGUUUUAACCGUAAAUCAUAUCUUGUUAUACAUCAGAGAUCUCACACAAGAGAGAAGCCAUUUUCAUGUUCAGAAUGUGGGAAAUGUUUUAACUGUAAAUCACAUCUUGUUGUACAUCAGAGAAUUCACACAGGAGAGAAGCCAUUUUCAUGUUCAGAAUGUGGAAAAUGUUUUAACCAUAAAUCAGAUCUUGUUAUACAUCAGAGAAUUCACACAGGAGUGAAGCUAUUUUCAUGUUCAGAAUGUGGGAAAUGUUUUAACCAUAAAUCACAUCUUGUUAUACAUCAGAGAGUUCACACAGGAGAGAAGCCAUUUUCAUGUUCAGAAUGUGGAAAAUGUUUUAGCCAGAAAUCAGAACUUGUUGUACAUCACAGAAUUCACACAGGGGAGAAGCUAUUUUCAUGUUCAGAAUGUGGGAAAUGUUUUGACAGUAAUUCACAUCUUGUUAUACAUCAGAGAAUUCACACAGGAGAGAAGCCAUUUUCAUGUUCGGAAUGUGGGAAAUGUUUUAAGAGUAAAUCAGAUCUUGUUAUACAUCAGAGAAUUCACACAGGGGAGAAGGCAUUUUCAUGUUCAGAAUGUGGAAAAUGUUUUAACAUUAGAUCAGGUCUUGUUAUGCAUCAGAGAAUUCACACAGGAGAGAAGCCAUUUUCAUGUUCAGAAUGUGGGAAAUGUUUUACCCGUAAUUCACAUCUUGUUAUGCAUCAGAGAAUUCACACAGGAGAGAAGCCAUUUUCAUGUUCAGAAUGUGAUAUGUGUUUCACCUAUAAAUCAUCUCUUGUUAAUCAUCAAAAAACUCACAUAUAAGAGAAGCCAUGUUCAUGCUGGUCACUAACUGGCUUCAUUCCUUCAGAUACUCCUUUUUACAGGGAGAUAAAACAGAACCUUGCUUUUAGUUACCAGAGGAAGCUGAGGGCUUGGAACAAUGAUUGGGACCGCUGUGAGAGCUCCCCAAACAAACAUAGUCUCCCGUAUUGAAUGAAUAUUGGUAAUCAAAGGACAGAUCCAGUUAAAAGUGAAACUAAAGUUUUUAGUUUUUUUUGUGUAUAUAUAUCUCCUCUAAACACAAAUGUUUAGUAAAAAAAAAAAAAAAUACAGUAUUCCAUCCUGCCUGUGAUCGGUAUG